AUGCCCCUUCCUCUUUCUUCCGCCCCAAGAAGGCGAGCCGCCUGUUUCCUCCGCCGGUUUGCCCUCCUCCGCCCUCCCCAUAUAACCGCCCGUCUCAAACCUCAGGCGCAUCGCGCACACCAAAAAAAAGUGAAAACCACAGCCUCCCUCCCUCUGAUCCGCCGCCCGGCCCGACCAAUGGCUCCCAGGAAGUUCUUCGUCGGCGGCAACUGGAAAUGCAACGGGACCGGAGACGACGUGAAGAAGAUCGUCACCGUCCUCAACGAGGCCGAGGUGCCCUCCGAGGACGCCGUCGAGGUGGUGGUGAGCCCGCCGUUCGUGUUCCUGCAGCAGGCCACGGGGCUGCUGCGACCCGACUUCGCCGUCGCCGCGCAGAACUGCUGGGUGCGCAAGGGCGGCGCCUUCACCGGCGAGAUCAGUGCUGAGAUGCUGGUGAACCUGCAGGUGCCUUGGGUCAUUUUGGGGCACUCUGAGAGGAGAGCACUGUUGAAUGAAUCAAGUGAUUUUGUUGCUGAUAAAGUGGCUUACGCACUCGCCCAAGGACUCAAGGUAAUUGCUUGCAUUGGUGAAACCCUUGAACAGAGAGAAGCAGGGACGACAAUGGAAGUCGUUGCUGCUCAGACUAAAGCUAUUGCAGAGAAAAUAUCAGACUGGACAAACGUUGUGCUAACAUAUGAACCAGUUUGGGCCAUUGGAACCGGCAAGGUUCAUGAUGGUCUGAGGAAGUGGCUCCAAGCUAAUGUUGGUCCUGCAGUUGCUGAAUCUACCAGGAUUAUCUAUGGAGGCUCUGUAAAUGGGGCAAACUGCAAAGAGCUUGCGGCUCAACCUGAUCUUGAUGGGUUCCUUGUUGGCGGCGCUUCACUGAAGCCUGAGUUUGUGGACAUCAUCAAGUCUGCCACCGUGAAGUCUGCUUCUGCUUAG